UUAUUGCGGGGACAUUUCCGCGUCGAUUUACUUCACCAGUAGGGCUGUUUGUGCCAAGUUCCCAGAACGAUAGGAAUUGUUCGUUAACUAUUUUCCUGAAAAUGAUAGGAGGAACUGUAAAUUUCGGCGUCGUAAUCGCUGUUUCAAAGGCUUACGAUAGCGCAACCAGCUUUGUAUACGCUAGGGAAGUCGAUAAAAAGGAGUUUGGCGGGUUCGGCAAACCGUUCCAAUUAUCAAGUAGGUCAAACGACUUUUCAAAACACGUCUGGAACAACGACAAGUUGACAGAAGAAAAUAUUGGAGUUGGAACAAUCCUGAAAUACGAACAAAUGGGAAACGAAUAUCUCUACGCGGAAGGCACAGAAUUUCAGCGGCAGGAUGUCGUUAAAAUUCAGAUGGACCUAAGUUACGGUGAAGACGUUUUUAAAGGGAUUAAAGAUGCACUUCCUGAAGCAAAUGUUUCAACAAGAAAAGGCAUUUACCAAGACAGUGGGCCACCACCAAAGCUUCCAGUUUUCCUUGUCAGCAUCACAUCUGGUGAGAUAAAAAAUGAGAGAAUAACUUUCAAAACAAAACUUGGGGAAAGUAUAAACCUGAAGUUGAAUAGUAGGGAGAACCUUGUGCUGUCCCCAUCACCAAUUAAACUACAAAUGAGAGAUGUCCAAGAUGACUAUGAUGUUGGUGAUUUAGCUCUUGUCAAAAUGGGAGACUUGGAAAGUGGUUUAAGGAAGCCUACGUACCAAGCUGUUUGUGAAGGCUUGAUCAUCAGGUACAAGGCAAAAGUAAUUUCAAUUGACAAGGAGCCAGUAAAGAUCAUGAAUGUGGAUGGUAAUUGGCAUCAAUUAGUAUCAGGAAGUGUCAAGUUUGACACUGGGAAUGAUGCUGCAACAGCAAUAUCUAAAAAGCUAGUAAAUGAUUUGGGCCUUGAGCCUAACUUGCUCAAGAGGAGAAAAGUGACAUUGGCAGGAGGUUAUGGCAUGUCAUGUGGUUCAGUAGAAAUUAUCAUUGUUAUCAGAGGAUUUGAAUUCUCAGUUAAUGCACUAGUAGAUGCUGUCGGCCCGAACACCGACCUUCUAGUAGGUAUGGAUGUUAUACAAAGUUUAUGCGAAAAAAACUUUACUCUAGGGACACCUUGACACAAAAAUUUGUGCUUGGGUAGAAUAACUAUUUCUAACUUAGUCAUGUUUCCUUAUUUCUAUUUUUUUUUUAAUGGAGGCAAAAUACUGUCAAGGGUAGCAGUCUUAUUUUUUUAAUUCUUAAGUUGGGGUUUUCUCUCUUGUUGUAGUCAUUUUUAACUAAUCAUUUGGUAGAAAUUAGUUUGAAGCCUUAUAGUUACAGCCUGUUUGGCUUUAAUUAUGUGACACUGAAGGAAUCCAUUAUAGAAUUAAAAAUAGCCACAUGAUGGCUUUAAAUAAAUAAAUAUAAAUAUAAUAAAUAAAUGAAAUAAAUAAAUGAUGAUUUAACAAUGGA